UCUACAUGUGCGUUUGUUGUUGUUUUUAUCUUCUAUUUGUGAGUGAGAUCAUAGGGUAUUUGACUUUCUCCCUCUGACUUAUUCAUAUAAACUUUGUCUGGAAGGCAAUGAGGAGGCUUUGAAUUUUUUUCGAGAGAGGAAUGACAAUCUCGGAACAGGGCUUUUGGAAGAUUCUUGGACUGGAUGGUUUGAAGGAAAAGGCAGCAGAGAAGGAGACCAGUUGGUAGAAUACAAUAAUAGUCAAAGUGAGAGGUGAUGAGCACAUGUAUUAGGAUGGUAGCUACAGGGUCAUGGUGGUUUAUCACUGCGAAGGGAAGGGUGGCUUUCCAUUUCAAGCUCUGGUUAGUUGGUUUAUUGUGGUGAAGGGUGACAGUGGAUUUGGGUUGACAGAUAUGAGAAACAUCAGACAAUCUAAAGGCUUAUCUGAGAAAGUCCAUUGUUGAACAUUCAAAACAGUUCAAGAUCACACCCUUCCUCCUUUCAUUUACCCAUUUACAACAAAUGGUCCCUGGGUGCCUACUCUGUGCCAGGCCUAUGCAUGGGGAAGCCCUAGUCCAGGGAGCAGUCUAGACAUAUCAUCAGGCUGUAACAAUCUCCCGCAACAAAAGCCCAGAAAUCAAUAGUCUCAGAGGAGGAUGGGCAGUUGAAACACCCAAGCCAGUAUUGAAGGAUCUGGGCUACCCUCCUAUAGGAGGGGACUUCCAAGUGGAAAAUUCUAGCCAGCCAGAAGAAGAGAGCCCCUACGUCAGGCAGAGACAUUGUGGGGGUGCUGGGGAUCCCCAGGUGAAUAAGAUCUGGUUUCUGCCCUUUGACAUAAAUGCAGCCGUGUCAUGCAUAUAUGUUAUAUCUUUCUUCAAUCAAAAAAGAAGACUCUCCUCCCUGCAAACUUACCCUUUUUAAAGUUGAGCUGUCUGGAACCAUACCCACCAGAACGACAGAGUGGGACACGAGCCUUCCCACCAGCACACCCGCAGCCCUUUGAAGGAUGGGCGCAGGGUCCUUCUGGCUACCGGAAGGAACCUAGUUAAUGCGCCUGGUGGCAGGUGGCUAAUGUCCACAGAUUAGCCGUUCAGUGGUAUGCAUCGCCCUGGCCCCUUCACUCUCCUAGUUUCUUAUUUCCCUCCAAGCUGGGGCAAACUGGGACUGAAAGAGGACCGCUUUAAUUGGUUUGGGGACCCGAAGGUGGGGGAAGGGGAGAGGGAGAAAAACCACGCUUCGUGUACGAAUUAAAGAAGAAAGGAAAGUGAAAUCCGAAACUCUGGGGCAGAAAGCAAUCCCAGGCACACACUUUGCAAACCGCUGAGGGGAGCACACCUCGGUGGAUGGGGGGGGCGGGGGUCACCUGCCCAAUCUACCACCCUCCUGUUCUGGUACCAAAGCCAGGAGCCUGAGGGUCAGGGACAGCAGCAUGAGGGCAGUCCCCGUCUCUGCGCUCCCACAGGCCCCCCAAUUUCCAGCCCGAGGCUCCCCACUUCCUGUAGCCUUGGUCACCGCCCCGGGCCCGUGUGAGGGGCGGGGCUGCGGAAUUAAAAAAAAAAAAAAAAAGCGAGGUGAUUAGCAUGCCCUGAUCCCAUUGGCUCUCCGCCGGCGCUGCUUUACAUACGCCCGCCCCGCUGGCUGCUCCGGGUUUGCGGGGUUCGGGAGGGUUUGCAGCCGCCGCGGUCUCGGCUGCGCUUCAGUGCGGGGCGGGCGGGCGCCGAGCGAGCCCGGGCCGGGAGACGGGAGCCGGGAGCCCGGAGCCCAGAGCCAGCUGCCGGAGGAGCUGCUGCUGCGGUGGCAUCUGGGUCGAUUUCCGUCCUACGAACACCGAGGCCAGUGCCUGGCGGCUUCUGCGCCCAGCUGGGCCCAGGGAGGAGCGGGUCAGACACUUUUUAUUUUAUUUUGGAAGAAAGGGGCGAGUCCCGGCGUGAGCUUCCCUCCCGGCCUGGCUUGUCCUCAGUGCGCCCCAGCUCCGGCCCGGGCUCUGGAAGAUGACUCCAGGGUCUGCCCUGUGUAUUCCACCGGCGGCGGCUCCAGGAGGCAGCCGAAAGUAGUAACACUUGGUAGUAGCGGCUGGUGGAAAAGUGAGCCGAGGCGGCGCGGACUCGGCUGUGCCCGCGCCCCGGCGUCUGCUGCUCCUCGCUGCUCCUUCCCCUCGGCUCCCCGGCGGCCGCAGCAUGAAGUGGCGUAGCGAUGGCCAGGAGAGGUAAGAAGCCCGUGGUGCGGACGCUGGAGGAUCUGACGCUGGACUCGGGUUAUGGUGGCGCGGCGGACUCGGUGCGCUCCUCCAACUUGUCCCUGUGCUGUUCCGACUCGCACCCGGCGUCCCCGUAUGGCGGGAGCUGCUGGCCGCCUCUAGCUGACUCCAUGCACAGCCGGCACAACAGCUUUGACACCGUCAACACUGCCCUGGUGGAAGACUCCGAGGGGCUGGACUGCGCCGGCCAGCACUGCUCGCGGCUGCUGCCGGACCUCGACGAGGUCCCCUGGACCCUCCAGGAGCUGGAGGCGCUGCUGCUGCGCUCGCGCGAUCCCCGGGCAGGCCCGGUGGCCCCCGGCGGCCUGCCCAAAGACGCGCUGGCCAAGCUGUCGACGCUGGUGAGCCGGGCGCUGGUACGCAUCGCCAAAGAGGCGCAGCGCCUGAGCCUGCGCUUCGCUAAGUGCACCAAGUACGAGAUCAAGAGCGCCAUGGAGAUCGUGCUGUCUUGGGGCCUGGCGGCGCACUGCACGGCGGCCGCGCUGGCCGCGCUGUCUCUCUACAACAUGAGCAGUGCCGGCGGCGACCGCCUGGGCCGCGGCAAGUCUGCGCGCUGUGGCCUCACCUUCUCCGUGGGCCGCGUGUACCGCUGGAUGGUAGACAGCCGCGUGGCGCUGCGCAUCCACGAGCACGCCGCCAUCUACCUGACGGCCUGCAUGGAGAGCCUCUUCCGGGACAUCUACGCGCGGGUCGUGGCCUCCGGGCUGCCCCGGAGCUGCAGUGGUCCCGGUCCGGGCUCCAGCUCCGGUCCAGGCCCAGGCUCCGGCCCCGGCGCGGCCCCCGCGGUGGAUAAAGAGCGGGAGGCGCCCGGAGGGGGAACGGCGAGCGGCGGCGCCUGCAGCGCAGCCAGCAGCGCCAGCGGGGGCAGCAGCUGUUGCGCCCAGCCGGCCGCCGCUGCCGCCGCCGCCGCAGCCCCGCCGGCCGCCGCGGUCAACCACCACCAUCUCCACCACCAUGCGCUCCACGAGGCGCCCAAGUUCACCGUGGAGACGCUGGAGCAUACUGUCAACAACGACUCCGAGAUAUGGGGGCUCCUGCAGCCCUAUCAGCACCUCAUCUGCGGGAAGAACGCCAGCGGAGUGCUGUGCCUGCCCGACAGCCUGAACCUUCACAGAGACCCGCAGCGGUCCAGCAAGCCCGGAGAACUGCCCAUGUUCAGCCAGUCGGAGUUGAGGACCAUCGAGCAAUCCUUGCUGGCCACCCGCGUGGGCAGCAUCGCGGAACUGAGUGACCUGGUGUCCCGAGCAAUGCAUCACUUGCAGCCCCUCAAUGCCAAGCACCACGGCAACGGCACCCCCCUGCACCACAAGCAGGGGGCGCUCUACUGGGAGCCCGAGGCCCUGUACACCCUCUGCUAUUUCAUGCACUGCCCGCAAAUGGAGUGGGAAAAUCCCAACGUGGAGCCUUCCAAAGUCAACCUCCAGGUGGAAAGGCCCUUCCUCGUGCUGCCGCCGCUCAUGGAGUGGAUCCGGGUGGCCGUGGCGCACGCCGGCCACCGCCGCAGCUUCUCCAUGGACAGCGACGACGUCCGCCAGGCGGCCCGGCUGCUGCUGCCCGGCGUGGACUGCGAGCCGCGCCAGCUCAGGGCCGACGACUGCUUUUGUGCCUCUCGGAAGCUGGAUGCAGUGGCCAUUGAAGCCAAGUUCAAGCAGGACCUGGGUUUCCGGAUGCUGAACUGUGGGCGGACGGACCUGGUGAAGCAGGCGGUGUCUCUCCUGGGGCCCGAUGGGAUCAACACCAUGAGCGAACAGGGCAUGACCCCGCUGAUGUACGCCUGCGUCCGUGGGGACGAGGCGAUGGUUCAGAUGCUGCUGGAUGCCGGAGCUGACCUGAAUGUGGAGGUUGUCAGUACUCCUCAUAAAUAUCCAUCCGUCCACCCCGAGACCCGCCAUUGGACGGCUCUGACUUUUGCUGUGUUGCAUGGACAUAUUCCUGUAGUUCAGCUCCUCCUGGAUGCCGGGGCCAAGGUGGAAGGCUCUGUGGAGCACGGCGAGGAGAACUACUCAGAAACGCCCCUCCAGCUCGCAGCCGCUGUAGGAAAUUUUGAGCUGGUUAGUUUGCUGUUGGAGCGUGGCGCGGAUCCCCUGAUAGGCACCAUGUACAGGAAUGGAAUUUCUACCAGCCCCCAGGGUGAUAUGAAUUCUUUCAGCCAGGCUGCAGCCCACGGACACAGGAAUGUGUUCCGCAAACUGCUCGCUCAGCCAGAGAAGGAGAAGAGUGAUAUCCUGUCCCUGGAGGAGAUUCUGGCCGAGGGGACUGACCUGGCGGAGACAGCCCCGCCCCCCCUGUGCGCCAGCCGCAACAGCAAGGCCAAACUGAGAGCCCUGAGGGAGGCCAUGUAUCACAGUGCUGAGCAUGGCUACGUGGAUGUCACAAUUGAUAUCAGGAGCAUAGGUGUCCCCUGGACCCUGCACACGUGGCUGGAGUCCUUGCGGAUCGCCUUCCAGCAACACCGCAGGCCCCUCAUCCAGUGCCUGUUAAAGGAGUUUAAGACCAUCCAGGAGGAGGAGUACACGGAGGAGCUCGUCACCCAAGGCCUGCCCCUGAUGUUUGAGAUCUUGAAAGCCAGCAAGAACGAAGUGAUCAGCCAGCAGCUGUGUGUCAUCUUCACUCACUGCUACGGGCCCUACCCCAUCCCCAAGCUCACGGAGAUCAAACGGAAACAGACCUCGCGACUGGAUCCUCAUUUCCUUAACAAUAAAGAAAUGUCCGAUGUUACCUUUCUGGUAGAAGGAAGACCAUUUUAUGCUCACAAAGUGCUGUUAUUUACAGCGUCUCCAAGGUUCAAGGCGCUCCUCUCCAGCAAACCAACAAAUGACAGCACCUGCAUAGAGAUCGGCUACGUGAAGUACCCCAUCUUUCAGCUGGUCAUGCAGUAUCUCUACUACGGCGGCCCCGAGUCACUUCUCAUUAAAAACAACGAGAUAAUGGAGCUCCUGUCUGCAGCUAAAUUUUUCCAGCUGGAGGCUUUGCAACGACACUGCGAGAUUAUCUGUGCAAAGAGCAUCAAUACGGACAACUGUGUGGAUAUUUACAACCACGCCAAGUUUCUUGGAGUCACAGAGCUCUCAGCAUAUUGUGAAGGCUACUUUCUCAAAAACAUGAUGGUCCUCAUCGAAAACGAAGCAUUCAAGCAGCUCCUGUAUGACAAAAAUGGCGAAGGGACGGGCCAGGACGUGCUGCAGGACUUACAGAGGACGUUGGCCAUCAGGAUUCAGUCAAUCCACUUGUCGUCUUCCAAAGGUUCUGUUGUCUGAAACGCCCAGCGGAGGGAACGCUCCCCGGGAACUUCCCAGAUCUCCUGCUACAUUGGCCUCACACAAACACAUACAAAUCCCACGUGGCGUCUGAUUUUGGCCAAGGAGCUGCCUCUAUGGCCUCAGCUUCUCUUGAAUAAGCAAACUCAGCUCCCAUGUGUUCCUGUUGAAAAACGAAGGCUAUUCCACCGGUCUGCAGAUCAGCUCGCAGCUGGGUCCGGAGCUUGAAGGUCAACAUGGGGCAGCCAAGCUAACCCCAGUCUGAGCACCCCUGGGGCACUUGAACACCCAUUGUGGGGACCACUGUCGAAAGGAUGGAUUGAGAACUAAGGGUCCUUUGGUUUCCAGGUUGACAGUUGGAGAACUUUACUGACCCCAAAGAGCAUUGAUUACGCAUUAAAGACUUUAGCAGCUGUGGUUCAGCAAGAGUCAGGCAUGGUAGCGAAUUGGUGAGACUAUUACCAGUAACGAAGAAAUAAUUUGGCAAAUUUUUAGGGGUGGGAACUUUUUAAAAUGUUCAUAAAAAAAACAAAAACAGGGCAGCCUUGUAGUUUAAAAUAUAUUUCUAAAAGCUUCACAGUUCAUUUUCAACUGAAUUGUGUUUAGGGAUCUGUGUUUUGAGGUUAUUUUUUUUUUCUUUUUUUUUAAAGAAAAACAGUAAGUCACAGGUCCACACUGUAUAACAUGCAUCUGACAAGAUAUUGCCGAUAUUCUAUACAAGGUGAAAUAAUCUGCCUUAGUGAUCAUGGUUACAUAAAAAAGGUGCACUGCCAAUAAUUAUCCUAAUUCAGUAGUUGAAAACAGCCUGCAUGCUAAUCGUGGUUUCGGGAUGAGAUUUAAAUGCCCCCACGUAACAAAACAUGCGUUUGCAUGGGCCUGAACCUGUGAAAUGUUAUGUUUGCGCUUCAUUUUUUGCCAAGAUAAAAAUGUUCCAUCACUUCUUGCUAAAAGUCCAUCUGGUGAAACUAACAUAUCCAUUUCUUCUCCCAAUUACGAAUGAGUCUGGGAUGCCUUUGCAGAAAUGUCUUUAUAGAUGAUGCUGAAUGGGGGGUGGGGGGGAGCACGUCCGAGAAUUUACUAUUAAUCCCAGAGUUUUCUCUGUAUUCUCAGAAGAUGUUAAUAGUUUGUUACUAGCCAGAGAAUAUGACUAUGCUAGAUUAUUUUUAAAGAUGAAACAUAUAUGAUAGGAUGGAUUCUUUCUGUAUUCUGAGAGUGUACAGUAUAGGGUUAUCUAUAAUGAAAGUGUCUUUUGACAGGGUUCCGUUUGCUCUGCCAUAUAUUAUAAGCAAAACAGAUUGGUGAGGUGCCACAAUAUUCCAAAUAAUUUUUGAGUUGCUGCCUUUUUUCUCGUCCUUUCAUUUGAAACCUAGAUACAUGCAGUAAAAACUAGGAGAAUGACUUUUACCACUUUGGGAUGACAAAGUUUCGUUGAUAAACCUAUUUCCUAGCAUGCCUUCGGGAAGUUGUGUGCAGACCCUAGAUUCUAAAGGAGCUGCUCUUCAUCCAUCGAGCUCGCUCCCUGAGCCAUUGUUCAGAGGACCGGUGUCCAGUCCUGUUUCUUGAGUCUGACCCGUGGAGUGCAUGGGCCACGCUGUCUACAGUACUGGCUCUCCUGGAUGCUAAUACAUCAUCCACUUGGUCAUUUACCAUCCUCCCCAGGCCCCACCAUCAAAUGAGGAAAGGGGAAAAAAACUGCCUGCAGGGGAGUCCAAGUCACAGAUGCACAGCACGUGUGUGAGCCGUCACUGUCUCCUGCCUCCGUCGUGUCCUCAGAGAUGCUACGUGGAUGUUUCCUUAGCCUCGACUGACUUCCUUGUGAAUGUCUAAUGCCAGUUCAGGGUCUCCAGGCGUUGAUUUGUACGGUGGCAACUCUUGACGGGCUUCUGUUAUAGUUUGGUGUGCUUUCUCUGUCAUUAAAAGCAAUGAUUUUCCCAA